CCUGCGCACGCCGGCUGUCAUGGCGGCCGCCUGAGUACCGCGGCGAGCGUCGGGYGGGCUCCCUGCGCGGGCUGCGGCGGGUGCUUCUGCCCCAGGAAUAACUGGGACCCGACCAUGGAUGAGGUCACCUUCAAAAGUGACACUGUGCUGUCAGAUGUUCACCUCUACACUCCAAACCAGAGACACCUCAUGGUGCGGCUAAAUGGUGUGGGGCAGCCUGUCUUCCUGUCCCAAUUCAAGCUUCUGUGGAGUCAAGACUCUUGGACAGACUCGGGGGCUGAGGGUGGCCAUCACAGAGAUGCUCACUCAUGGGAGUUCCCUCUUGCUGGCUCAGGCAGCCCAGGGUCCAUUCCUGGAAGUGGCCACAGCCGUGAGGGUUCCCCUCUCCAGGCAGGGGCUGAUACCUCUGGCCAGGAAGGGACAGGAGCUCAGCUGGAUGAGGAUGGGGAUUUGGACGUGGUGAGGAGACCACGGGCCGCCUCUGAUCCUGACCUGGAGGGGUCUCCAAGAGACAAGGUACAUCCCAUGAUUCUAACACAGGAGGAAGACAACAUCACGGGAGACGAAGCACCAGAGAGCUGCCCCCACAGUGUCAUCCGAAUAGAGCACACCAUGGCCACCCCCCUGGAGGAUGUUGGCAAGCAGGUGUGGCGGGGCGCCCUGCUCCUGGCGGACUACAUCCUCUUCAGACGGGACCUCUUCCAAGGACGCACGGUGCUGGAGCUGGGGGCAGGCACGGGGCUGGCCAGCAUCGUGGCGGCCACUGUGGCGCAGACCGUGUACUGUACAGAUGUUGGUGCAGACCUCCUGGCCAUGUGCCAGCGAAACGUUGCCCUCAACAGCCACCUGGCUGCCGCUGGAGGUGGAGUGGUUAAGGUCAAGGAGCUGGACUGGCUGAAGGACGACUUCUGCACAGACCCUGAGGCCCCCUUCAGCUGGUCGGAAGGGGACAUCGCUGACCUGUACGAUCACACCACCGUGCUCUUUGCAGCUGAAGUGUUCUACGAUGAYGACCUCACGGACGCGCUGUUCGCCACGCUCUCCCGCCUUGCCCACAGGCUGAAGAAUGCCUGCACGGCCAUCCUGUCCGUGGAGAAGAGGCUCAACUUCACGCUGCGACACCUGGACGUCACCUGUGAAGCCUAYGACCACUUCCGCUCCUCCCUGCACGCCCUGGAGAAGCUGGCCCAUGGCAAGCUGCGCUUCGUGGUGGAGCCCGUGGAGGCCUCCUUCCCGCAGCUCCUUGUCUACGAGCGCAUCCGGCAGCUGGAGCUCUGGAAGAUCGUUGCAGAACCAGCAGCGUGACCAGGGCCUGGGCAAGGCCAGGCGGCUCAGCCGGUCCCAUGAUCUGCUUCUAAUAAAACCAGAAGCUCACGCA